AUGGAACCCGAAGAAGAGUUUAUCACCACAGAAGAAGUUGACCAGGAGAUUGUGCCAACUAUGGACGCCCAGCAGGACGUUCCCAUAGAUAUUGGAGAGGAGAAUGAUGAUGAUGAUGAUGAUGAUGAUGCGAUGGCAGAGGAUGAUGAGGAGACUCUGGAGGUCGACAUGUCGAACAACUCAUACACAUACUUUGACAAGCACACGGAUUCCGUGUUUGCCAUUGGCCAUCAUCCCAGCCUGCCGCUGGUAUGCACUGGUGGGGGUGAUAAUUUGGCACAUCUUUGGACAUCGCAUUCCCAACCACCAAAGUUUGCCGGCACAUUGACCGGCUACGGUGAGUCGGUGAUCUCGUGUUUAUUCACUUGCGAGGGCAACUUCUUGAUCACUGCCGAUAUGUCAGGGAAAGUUCUUGUACACAUGAGCCAGAAAGGCGGAGCCCAAUGGAAAUUGGUGUCACAGAUGCAAGAGGUUGAAGAAAUCGUUUGGCUGAAGGUCCACCCCACUAUAGCCAGAACCUUUGCAUUUGGUGCUACAGACGGGUCUGUUUGGUGCUACCAGGUUAACGAACAAGAUGGUUCUUUAGAACAGUUGAUGUCUGGUUUUGUACACCAGCAAGAUUGCUCUAUGGGUGAGUUCAUUAAUAUCGAUAAGGGUGAAAACACCCUAGAGUUGGUCACCUGUUCUUUGGAUAGCACUAUUGUGGCAUGGAAUUGUUUCACUGGCCAACAAUUAUUCAAAAUCACACAGACAGAGAUCAAAGGGCUAGAAGCUCCAUGGAUUUCCUUAUCGUUGGCUCCCACGACCUUGACCAAGGGUAACUCAGGUGUCGUAGCAUGUGGAUCCAACAACGGUCUUUUGGCAGUGAUCAACUGCAAUAGUGGUGGUGCCAUUCUACAAUUAUCCACAGUGAUGGAACUUAAACCAGAACAAGACGAAUUGGAUGCCUCUAUCGAAUCCAUUGCAUGGUCGUCGAAGUUCUCUUUAAUGGCUAUUGGUCUUGUGUGUGGUGAAGUUCUUUUAUAUGACACAAGUUCAUGGAGAGUAAGACACAAAUUUGUUCUAGAGGAUUCUGUUACAAAACUAAUGUUCGAUAACGAUGAUUUGUUUGUAUCGUGUAUCAACGGUAGGGUCUACCAGUUUAAUGCAAGAACCGGGCAAGAAAAGUAUGCCUGUGUGGGCCAUAACAUGGGGGUUCUUGAUUUCAUAUUAUUGCAUCCUGCUGCCAGUGCCGGUGCUGAACAAAAUAGGAAAGUAAUAACCGCAGGUGAUGAAGGUGUAUCAUUGGUAUUUGAAGUUCCAAACUGA